UUUGUAGUGAAGCACAGGGGGAAGUGAUCUGCCUGUUUUGAGACUUUAACAAGACUGUUCUGUUUUCUUACAGUCCCACAGAUGAGGCCAAUCCUUCUAGAUUACUUAAAACAUCCUGACUGACUUUUGUAUUGUAACCAACAUGGAGGCACAGAAACAAGGAAUUCCACCUUCAAUUCCUGAGAAUGAAGAGCUCAUAGAGGUGCAGAUAAAUGGAGUCCAGGUCAGGAAGAAUGGUGGGGAAGCUGAAUUACCUCUCUCCAAAUCUCAGCGAAGAUGCAGUGAUGUGAAAGUGUAUAAGGAGUUUUGUGACUUCUAUGCUCGUUUUAAUAUGGCAAAUGCCCUUGCUAAUGCUAUAUGUGAACUUUGCAAAGAUGGCUUCACUCCUGCUGAAAAAAUUGUAAACAGUAAUGGCGAGUUGUAUCAUGAGCAGUGCUUUGUGUGUGCACAGUGUUUCCAGCAAUUUUCAGAAGGGUUAUAUUAUGAGUUUGAUGACCGAAAAUAUUGUGAGCAUGAUUUCCAUAUGCUUUUUGCUCCUUGUUGUAAUCAGUGUGGAGAGUUCAUCAUUGGUCGUGUCAUUAAAGCCAUGAACAAUAGUUGGCACCCAGAGUGUUUUUGCUGUGAUAUCUGCCACAAUGUGCUGGCUGAUGUUGGAUUUGCGAAGAAUGCAGGCAGACACCUGUGUCGUCCAUGCCACAUCCGUGAGAGAGCUUGUGGCUUUGGCAAGUAUAUUUGCCAGAAGUGUCACACCAUCAUUGAUGAACAGCCACUCAUCUUUAAGAAUGAUCCCUACCACCCUGAUCACUUUAACUGCAGCAACUGUGGGAAGGAACUCACUGCUGAUGCCAGGGAGCUAAAAAAUGAGUUGUAUUGCUUGCCAUGCCAUGACAAGAUGGGCGUACCAAUCUGUGGGGCAUGCAGAAGGCCAAUAGAGGGCAGAGUGGUGAAUGCAGUGGGCAAGCAAUGGCACGUUGAGCAUUUUGUGUGUACCAAGUGUGAGAAACCGUUCCUGGGCCAUCAGCAUUUUGAACGUAAAGGCCUGGCUUAUUGUGAGACUCACUUCAAUAUGCUUUUUGGCGAUGUCUGUCACCACUGCAAUCAUGUCAUUGAGGGAGAAGUCAUUUCAGCGUUGAAUAAAGCCUGGUGCAUGGACUGUUUUGCUUGUUCCACCUGCAGUUCAAAGCUGACACUGAAGGACAAGUUUGUGGAGCUUGAUUUGAAGCCUGUAUGCAAACAAUGCUAUGAGAGGAUGCCAACUCAACUGAAGUACUGUCUAGCUAAGCGUGAACAUGACUCCAAGAACAGAAAAAAGAAGAUUGGUAUCUGUCUGUGAAGUUCUCCGUUUAACUGGCACAGUGCAAUACUCAUAUGGAUGCAAGUCUGGAUAUUUAUGCAAUCUCAAGACCGUCAUACCUUACCUGGUGUAAUUUGUGUAUUUGUUCUUAUUGAAAUGUAUAUGAAAAGUUCAGUUGCAUUAAUAUGUGUUUAUUUAGUGGUUUGCUAUAAACAUCAUAAUGAUCCAGGCAGUUUUUAAGUCAUUGUAUGUCCUGUUUUCAUCAAAUGCUGGGUUUGUUCUGGAAAUGGCUCUCACCACAUAGCAAGCAUACAGGUAAACCAGAAUUGUCUGCAGUAAAGGCAAUGAAUUCAUCCAUGAAGCAUUAAAUGUUUUAUUUUCUUCA